AUGCUCUAUUAUUUUAUUGCUGUAAUUAUUUGUUAUAUUGGUAUUGCUGCAUCACAAACAAUCUAUGGAAUAUAUCAUUUUAAUGAGGAACAAAGGCGGCAAAUAAUCACAAUUCAUAAUGAAUUACGAGCUCGAGAACCGGCAUCAAAUAUGCAGGAACUGGUUUGGGAUCAACGGCUUGCUGAUCUUGCAUACGGUCAUGCUAAGAAAUGUGAUGCUUGGCAUCGUAGUGCAUAUGAACGACAUGGUCAUGGUUAUUCCUAUAUUGGUGAAAAUAUUUGGUGGAGUAAUGAAGCUUAUUUACGAUCAAAUUUACAAUCAGCAAUGUUAGAUUUCUUCAAUGAAAGACCAUAUUAUGAUUACAGUACAAAUAAAUGCAUGAAAGAUGCACAGUGUGGACAUUAUACACAGUAUGUUUGGAGUGAAACAUGCGCAGUUGGAUGUGCAGCAGUUCAUUGUAGUGGGAUCAAAAAUGGAAGAGGUAUAAAUCAGGGACAUAUUAUAAUUUGCAAUUAUGGUGAAGG